AGAAGCAUUAGUUAAAAUAGCAAAACAUGGUCCAAUAUGGCGGCACUCAGUGGCAGUGUGAACUGUGAAGAGUUCGCCGAGUUCCAGGAAUUACUCAAGGUGAUGAGGACAAUUGAUGACAGGAUAGUACAUGAAUUAAACACUACAUUUCCAACUUCCUUUGCAGGAAAAAUUGAUGCCAGCCAAACCUGUAAAAAACUCUAUGAGUCUUUGAUGGCAGCUCAUGUCAGUAGGGACAGAGUUAGAAAGAACUGUAUAGCCCAGACCUCAGCAGUAGUAAAAUGUCUCCGAGAAGAGAGAGAAAAGGACCUGGAUGACUUAACGUUAUUAAAACAACUUAGAAAAGAAAAGAUAAAGUUGAAAUGGAUGCAGUCAGAACUAAAUGUCGAAGAAGUGGUAAAUGACAGGAGCUGGAAGGUGUUUAAUGAACGCUGCCAAAUUCACUUCAAGACUACAAAGAAUGAGUAG